CACUUCAAGUCAAACAUUUGGAAAUCCCGCUUCGUGACUCCCUUAUAAUUCAUGAAAUAACGUUGCUCAUUGAUGUAUUUAAACAAAGCACUCUGGAAAUGCUAAAUUGAGUGAGAGAUCUUACCGUACCAAUACAGCCAUUACUUACAGUUGGAUACUUCAGCAGCUGAACUCGUUCCCAAUUCUGAAUUCAAGCACAGCCAUGCCAUAUGUAUUUGUAAGCACUCAGAUAAGGCUGGAGAAUGGGGAAACUACAGUUGGAGAUGAAUUGAGUGAUCCUGUCCUAAUGAAGGCAAUUGGUGCACUUCCAGUGAUCCAGUUAGGAAAUAACUUCAAAGAGUACAGAACCCCUGACGUACCUCGGGUAGUUCUUAACAAGCUGGAAUUGCAUGGUUACCAAGUAGUGUGCAUGUCGGGUAUAGGACAAACAUGUGUAUGGACUUUACACAAACCUUUAGCUGACGACAAGGAUGUAACGAAGUUGGACGAUUCUAGUCAAAUCUGUAAUGAUCUUGUGACAAAAGAGACAUGAUGCAUUUUCCCAUCUUGUUAUCUUGCCACACAGGAAUGAUGGUGUAGCAUGUCAUGCAUGUCAUGGAUAUAAGCAGCCAUGGGUUAUAUGAUUUAAAUUGCAAUUUACUCUAUCUAGCCUCAUUAUUAUCUAAUCAUGUCGACUAAUCACAACAUCUCAUUCACGGUCAUGUGGUUCUUUUUACUAUUUUAUUUUUCAGUUGGUGCUGUGCUGUCCCAUCCACUGUUUCUCCUUAAAGGCAUAUGCCAUUUGCGAACAAUUUUGAAUUUGUUAUUGAAUUUGAAAAUUUUCAACUGCGUAAAUAUACAUACUAGAUAUAAAUUUCAGCAUUGCCUUUCUGUAGACCGAUAGAUGAAUACUAUAAAUACAAAGUUUCAACAAAUUUGUAUACAUAAUAACUGCACUGUGGCAUUGUGUAUUAGUGGAUUUCUAUUUAACUGGACCACCAGUAAUUAUGAACGGUGUACCCCUUUAACACCUUGAUGGCGACACCUCAUUUAUUCAUGAUUGCAAAUAAUCAUCACAGCCAAACCACAUAGAUCUACCUGGCCAGAAACCCCUCUACCAGCUGGUGUUGGGAUGUCUCAUUAAUUUAUCAUUGGUACAACACCAUCACUCUCUUUGGGGUAACUGAAAUAGAUCUGAAAUUCAACUUUGUUAAGUAUUUGUGGAGUGAUUUCAACUUUUUGGGGGUCGGGUGUUGCUUAAGGGAGGGGGGGGGGUCAUUUUGGUCAUUUUUGACACAACACAAUUCACAGCUUCUAGUGUGUUUGUUGUCUGUGACCUUUUUCAAAAACAGUGGGAGGUUUCUUGGCCACUAGGGCUAUGGAACCAUUGAUCAUGUCACCUCCAGAUUUUUAUAACAGAUACUUUCAAAUGGGACCACACCUGACAUGAUGCCUGGGUUUUUGAUUUGACCUAGUUUUCAAAAUCAAGGUCACAGGAGUUGGAUUACUUUUUUAAUUGACCAUUAGAGUUCAACUGUUGCAUGGUUCUUAACCGCUUAGGCUAUGGACUUGAAACUUUGUGUGCAGGUGUGACCCUUUAGGUCAAAGGCCUCUCACAUUGAAUUUGAAUUUUGCUCUGGGCUAAACUCGUGACUUAGUCCCUUAACCCUUUCACUGCCGAUGUCGCCGCUCAGCACAACGCUAAUCCCUACUCCCUGUGCCGAUGUCGCCGCUGUGCGACAUUUUACCCUACCUCAGAAGAUCGUCGAUUAUGAGCUUGCUGAUCGAUGGCGUGGUAGAGAAGUGAACAUGCUUCAAAACGAAACUAACUUCCGUAUUUCGAACAAUGCAACUUUAUUGAGUAAAUUGAGGUUGAAAUUGCGAAAAAAUUUCGUGAGGUGAAAUAUUAGCAUUUUCGACACACUUAUAUCAAGUAAAUCAUAUAUUUGAAAGAAUAUCAAGGCAUACAAAAUGUUUGGAUUGUGUUAGAAGAUUGCAUGGGACUAGAAUUGAUGUAAAAAAGUUGUAUUCUUGGUUGUUACAUAACAGUUUUAUUCAAUACAAUAGAGUUUGACUAAAAAAAUUUUUUCCUCAUUAUAUAUUCAAGAUUGGUCAUGACCUACUUUUUCAUAUUUUUAAAAUGAAGAGUAGGUCAUACUGAACAUUUUUUAUAUACAUUAUUUCACUCUGUCUCCAAUGGAUUUCUCAUAAAUUAGGUUCAUAAGAACCAUGGUCGAAAUUUGGAAAAUAUGGAAAAUUCAAUCGGCACAGCCAGUUGCAGAACAAAAAAAUCAAUCGGCAGCGAAAGGGUUAAGGGGCCAAAACUGAAAACACGAGAAGCCUGAAUCCUGAAUCCGGAAUUCAUUAUUUCAUCAUCUCCAAAUGUUUAUCACGGGUACCUUUAAAUAUCAGUUAGUGGGAGGUAGUGUGCUUUGCUUUACUUCAUUUGUUUACUCCUCAAACUCUUCAUAAUGCAAAGGUAGCGGUAUUUCAAAUGGCUCAUUUGGUAGUGGAAUAUUUUGAUAGUGAUUACAUGUAUAUGGUUGUGUGUUUUGUUGUUUCUGGUGAACAGUCAUGUAUUUGGAAUACGGUGCUGGAUUAAUCAGUAUUAAAAUCAUGUCAUAAUUCUUGGAAAGAAAAGACCACAAAAUCUGUCUCAGACUUUUUGGCUCACCGUAGGGGAGUCUAUACAAUACCGCAGUGUCCGUCGUCGUCGUCGUCGUCGUCGUCGUCCGUCGUAUCCUAGUUCAAAAACAGUGGCACGUUUCUUAACCGCUAGGCCUAUGAACUUAAAACUUUGUACACAUGACCCCCUAGGUCAGAUGACCCGUGACACUAAAUUUCUGUCCAAUCUGAUUCUCUACUUGGCCACCAGGGGGCCAAAUGUGGAUAUCUAAAAAGUGUGAUAUCUCGCUUAUUAGUAACUUGUUUUCGAUGAAACUUUUGUUGUAGGUACUCAUAGCAAAUAUACAUCUUAUAUCAUACGGGUUUUUAAUUUGACCUACUUUUCAAGGUCACAGAGGUCAUAUGGCGUAAAUUGGCCGUUAGAGUGUAAACUAUGGCACGUUUCUUAACCACUAAAGCUAUGAACUUGAAACUCGGUACAUAUAACCCCCUAUAUCACAUAGCCUCUGGUGCUGAAUUUCAGUUUGAUCUGAUUCUCAACUUUGCCACCAGGGGGCCAAAAGUGGAAAUCUAAAAAGUGUGAUAUCUCGCUUAUAAGUGACUUGUUUUCGAUAAAAUUUUUAUGGUAGGUACCCUUAGGAAGAAUACAUCACAUAUCUUACGGGUUUUCAAUUUGACCUACUUUUCAAGGUCACAGAGGUCAUAUGGCGUAAAUUGGCCGUUAGAGUGUAAACUAUGGCACGUUUCUUAACCACUAAAGCUAUGAACUUGAAACUUGGUACAUAUAACCCCCUAUAUAUCACAUAGCCUCUGGUGCUGAAUUUCAGUUUGAUCUGAUUCUCAACUUUGCCACCAGGGGGCCAAAAGUGGAAAUCUAAAAAGUGUGAUAUCUCGCUUAUAAGUGACUUGUUUUCGAUAAAAUUUUUAUGGUAGGUACCCUUCGGAAGAAUACAUCACAUAUCUUACGGGUUUUCAAUUUGACCUACUUUUCAAGGUCACAGAGGUCAUAUGGCGUAAAUUGGCCGUUUGAGUGUAAACUAUGGCACGUUUCUUAACCAGUAAAGCUAUGAACUUGAAACUUGGUGCAUAUAACCCCCUACAUCAGAUAACCUCUGAUGCCAAAUUUUGGCUCGAUCUGAUUCUUUAUUCGGCCACCAGGGGGAAAUAAUGGAAAAAGUAAGAAGUGCAAUAUCUUGCUUAUUUUUAGUGAUUCGUUUUCAAUAACAUUUUUAUGGUAGGUUCUCCUAGCAAGGAUACAUCACAUAUCAUAUGAGUUUUUGAUCUGACCUGCUUUUCAAGGUCACAGAGGUCAAAUGGCGUAAAUUUGUCGUUUGAUUGUAACUAUGGCACGUUUCUUAACCACUAAAGCUUUGAACUUGAAAUUUGAUACACAUGACUCCCUACGUCAUGUAACCUCGGACACCGAAUUUCGAUCUGAUCUGGUACUCAACUCGGCCACCAGGAGGCCAAAACUAAAAUAGGUAAAAAGUGCAAUAUCUCGUUUAUUAUUGACUCGUUUUUGAUGAUAUUCUUAUGGUACUUACUCCAAGCAACGAUACAUCACAUGUCAUACCGACUUUGGUUUGACCUAUAUACUAUACGUGUACAAUGUUUCUUAAUCUGGAUGAAUUACAAAGCACCAAAUAUCUAUACGGUGAGCACAAUGGCCCCUGGCCGUUUCAUUUUUUUGAGAUUUUAUAUGCAGUUGCCAAUUUAUUUCUUAGAGCUUUGGGACGUCUCUUUAUCAACGGAGCUGUUGUCCUCUUGUGAAGUCACCUUUCAAAUACAUUUCACUGCUCAUUUCUUUAAUCACUGUCAACUCAUUAUGUUUAUUAUGCUUGAUACAUGUGUCAAUAUUUGUGUAAUGCUUGAUAAUUUGGGAAACAAAAAGUUCUUCUUAUGAACUGGUAUGGUCAACUAUGGUUAAAAAUAUUGGAAAAUGAAAAUUUGCCUCACUUUUGCAUCUGAGCUGUUUACAUGUAUUUUGAGGCAGUGUAGAGGGACUGAGGCAGUGUAGACAAAGAUGAAUUCUUAAAUGGUUCAUCACUUCAAAAUCUUUUCACACGUUUAAAUAGAUAUGAGGUGAAGAAUCCAUGUUGAUGUUGUGUUUCAUUUUACCACACACAUACUUCAAACUUGUAUAAUUUGACAUCUCAACAUGCUCAAUGCAAAUGUAACAAAUUUGCUACGUUGCUACAUUGUCGUUCGGUUUCCAGGGACUAUUUAACCAAACAAGUUCUUUUUAAAAUAGUCUUCACAUAUUUUUCAAAUAUACAUGUAACAACUUUUCUUUAUUGAUAUAUAGAAAUAUACAUGUACUGUGUUGAUGCAUUUACACCGGUUUGGGGAUGCCUGUCUAAAGGGCCUUUUUAGCUCACCGUAGGUGGGAGUCUAUACAAUACCGCAGUGUCCAUCGUCGUCAACCGUCGUCUGUAUCCUGUUUCAAAAACAGUGGCACGCAUCUUAACCAUUGGGGCUAUGAACUUGAAGCUUUGUUCACAGGACCCCCCAGGUCAGAUGACCUCCGAGACUGAAUUUUGGUCCGAUCCGAUUCUUGAUUUGACCACCAGGGGGCCUAAAGGGAAAACCUAAAAAGUGUUGUAUCUCUCUUACAUUUCAAUAAGUUACUAAUCAAUCACUGGAAACAACAACUUAUAUCAGCGAAAUCAUCAGGGCAAAUUGCGCUUUUCGACGGCAGUCUCGUAGAAUCCUGUGUGAAGUCUCGAGGGAUGUUCUAGACGACUCGGUCCCAGGCAUGUGAAAAGUUGAAACGUAGUCCUCCAUGGUGGGUGCGGGAAGGGGACUCCAGUCUCUCGUAGACCCCUCUCUCAAACCAACGUUCCUCCUUGUUGAGAAUGACGACAUCCUUGUUGUCGAAUGAAUGUCUGGUUUCCUUUAGAUGGCUGAAGACCGUGGAAUCAUAUCCACUGUUACCCACAUGGCGGUGUUGUCCCAAGCCAUCAAGAACAUCUCUCGAGUUAACCACCAAAUAUCUCAUCUGUACGGUGACCACAAUGGCCCUUGGCCUUUUCAUUUACCUGUAAUAGGCCUAUAUGUGUAUAAUACACGCAUCCACCAUGUCUACACAGUAUGUAUUUCCAAAUAUUUUCAUAAAUAUAGGGUUUUUAAUGGUGUUAAAAAAUACUGAUAUAUUUUAUCAAAUAUGCAGUUGAUUUUAUUUUUUUCAAUCUACAAGGGCAAACUCGCCCCAGUGCCGAAAUUAAAAAAUUUCAGACACUGGAAUUGAUCAAUUGCCACCAUCUUGGACGUCAGCAACCCGAGAUUCAGGGUUUUGACAAUUCUACGUCAUAAACUGUGUUCCCAGUUCAGAAUGUAAAUCUUAUUCAGGCCAAAUUAGUGCCACUUUCUCUCAUAGAUUUUAUAUUUUAUUAAAAAAUAACAAAAUAUGAUCUUUAUAAAUAAAAUUUGACACGUACUGGUGAGUUACGCCCAGGUCCCAUGUUGCUAAAGGGUGUUAGCGCUGUCAAGUGCACUCACGAGAUUGUUACAUCUAAUGUGGCAGCCAUCUUGGAUUUUGACACGGUGACCUGCUUUUAGGGUUCUUACUAAUGCCUACAUGCACUCGCACACCGAAUUAGGCUUUGACAGUCGCUGACUUCCCCAGAUAUCAUGUCCACAAGUGCACUUGUGAGAUUGCAAUAGAUAAGGCGGCAACCAACUUGGAUUUUGAUGCGUCGACCUACUUUUCGAUAGGGUUCUUACUAAUGUCUAUAUGUACCCGCACACCAAAUUUGGCUUUGAUACGUUGCCGACUUCUCCAGAUAUCGCACUCACAAGUGGCCAGACGUGGGUAUUUUCAUGUCCCCCUUUCGCUGCACUGAGUGACGGGGGGGGGGGGGACAAUAAUACUCGAAGUAUACAGACCAAUUGUUGUGAUUGUGAUAAUCUUUUUGUCCUUUCUAGCAAAAGGUUGUCCCUGUGGUUUAUACAUGUUAUUACGAGAACCUCAGUUGGUUCUUGGCUUGUGUUCCUCCGUCACAACUGGGAGACUGACGUACUAGAGACAAGAAUUUACAAAGAGGUUUUUGAUAAUUUCUCACAUUUUAAUGCCAUGAAAAAAAUCGGCCCGUUGUACGUGUCGGUGUCAGUGUCGGUUAACUUUCCACUUUUCAUCAAUUACCAGAGAAAAGCCUCGCCUGAACAGUCCUUUUUUGGGGGUCUUCUUCAAAAAUCAUUGCUAGAUAAUUAACAAUAUGGCUACCACGGCAGCCAUCUUGAAAUCUGUUUCUGUCAAUUAUCAGAGAAGCUUCGCUUGAGCGGUCUGAUUUUAUUGCGGCUUAUAGGGAGUGACUAGGUGAAAGUUUCUCUUGAAAAUCGAAUAAUCCAAUAAUCAAUAUUCCAAUAAUCAAUAUGGCCACCACAGUGGCCAUCUUGAUUUUCGUUUCCGCUCGAUAAAUGACACACGCCUUGAGCAAUUCACCCCAAUUUUUCGCACUCCGUUGGGAGUCAUUUGGGGAAGGUUCCUUUUGAAAAUUGACGUCGUCAAAUCUCAAGCAUCUUUAAUUUAAUUUUCAUUCGACAACUGACAGACGCUUCGGGCAAUUAACUCCCAAUUUUUCGUGAUUGACUGGGUGUCAAAAAGGUAAGGUUCCUUUCUGACCAGAAUUGUACUAAAACAUGCAUGGUGUUACAAGCAACAUGUCCCUUGUAGAUACGACCAUGGGUUUCAUCCAUGGAUCUAUGAUGGGGGGGUUUUCCAUCAUCUGUCCAUGGAUGGGCCCGUGGAAAUGGUGGAUGGAACGUUGAUAAGUAAUCGCCGUCAUAGAUCCAUGUAUUGACACUUCUGCCUGUGUACAUGUAACAUGUCAGAUUUUAGAUUCAUGUUGACCAGAAAAUUUGUGCUUACAUUUUCAUUUCGUGUUUUUC